GCCGCGGCUCCUGCAGGGGGCAGCAGAGAGCUUACCAGCGGGAGGGCGGCGUUUGUCUGAGCGCAGAAGAAGAAGCAGAGUUCCGGUGUCCUUGUGCCAGGAUCGUGCUAACAGAAGCUCCGGGAAGAUGUUCAGACACAUGGCGGCUCUCCAGCAGGCGGCGCGGCGGAGCAUCUGCAGCUCUGCUCGCAGGCAGGUGGACAACAAGGUCCCGCAGAAGCAGAAGCUGUUCCAGGAGGACAACGGCAUGCCGAUCCAUCUAAAGGGAGGCAGCUCUGACGCGCUGCUGUACCGGGCCACCAUGGCGCUCACGGUUCUGGGCGUGGGCUACACUCUGUACGAGCUGCUGAAGGCCGCCUUCCCUCAGAAGAGGGACUGAGCCAGCCGGCGCCACCCUGGGUCAGAACCGGACCAGCAGAUCCACUUUGUACAGAUGGACCACGUGUUUUCUCCUGUUUCAUGUUGAUGAGUGGUAACUUAUUCUUUACUGUCUGCUCAGCUGAGGAUCAAUAAACACAGCAUACCUCCCAUGAC